AUGGCACCUUCAGGCAAGGACCAAGGCGGCGAACUCGCGCGCGAUAGCAACAAGAGCAGACCAGAGCAGGAUACCUACAAGGGUUUCACUGCAGAGCUGCCUCCUGAUGACUUGCAAUGCACAACACCUUCCACGACCAAGCCAGCUAAGCAAUCACAUCUGCCUCGCGCUCAUGUGUCCCCAGAUCAAACAUCUCCCAAACAACUGGAUCCCACAACGAAGGAGGUCCUCACCCUAGCUACUACCACGCCUGCACCGUUCAGCCUUCUCGCAGCUCCGCCACAGAGUGCGCUGCCACGAAGCAUCCGUCCCUGCCGCCUCACGGCUGAUCAAUCUGCCUCGGAUAUCGAAAUCGUGGCUAGCAUCACUCCAACUAUUGUGGACUACGUCGAACAAUCGAGUGGAGACUUCGACAUGACGCUCCGAAGCUUGGCCGCGACUUUGCAGAAGAUUGCUUUUGAGGCUGGAGCGAAGGCCGAGGUGCAGGAGUCGAGCGUGAGGAAACCGCCUUCGAAGGAAGAUAUGGACUUUGCUGAGAGAUUGUUGGGAGGCAAGGAGGGGAAAGACACGUGUUGGGGCUUGCCUUCGGGAGGAAGUUGA